AUGGGAGCAGCACUCAGCAAAGACUCUGUGGAUGAUAGGGUGUCCAUGGGUUGGAACUACUGUUCGCACAUGUGGCAAAAAUGGCUACACCCAACACUGCAUUACGGCAUGGUGCCAUUGAUAUUUGCUGUGGGUCUUGCGGCUAAUGGCGAAUUGACGGCCAACCCUCUGACUCUCUUCCAGAAGCUCAUAUUGAACUAA